AUGGCGGCAUUCUUGAAAGCAUGGGAAAGUGUAUGCCAAAGUACAAAGCCCCCCACCAUGACUAUUCCUGCAGGGAAAACCUUUCUCCUUAAUCCAACUACGUUUAGAGGCCCGUGCAAGUCUCCUGCUAUCAAUAUCCAGGUUUCAGGGAAUAUAUUAGCUCCAAGUUCAAUCUCCUCAUGGGGCAAUGACAAGGAACAUUGGAUCCAUUUCAAGUGUGUGGAUGGCCUCAGCAUUCAAGGAAGUGGGACAAUAGAUGGUCAAGGACAUGCAUGGUGGCCCAUCAAGAGUGCUCAAGAGACCCAUGAUAGUUUCAAGACGGUACCCACGGUAAGUGGUGUCUCUUUUUCUCUGCAGGAUGAUUUCGGGACGGCACCCACGGCAUUGAGCUUCGAUGUGUGCACCAAUCUAAAACUGAGGGAUUUGCACAUUGUUAAUAGCCAGCAAAGACAUAUCGCAAUACAUAAUUCUAAUACUGUUUACAUAGGGGGUCUCCAUAUUAAUUCUCCAGAAGAUAGCCCCAACUCUGAUGGCAUACAUAUCCAAAGCUCGCAACAUGUCAAUGUCGAGAACAGUUUCAUUGCCACUGGUGACGAUUGCAUUUCCAUUGGUGAUGGCACGUAUGAUGUAAAUGCAUCCAAAAUCACUUGUGGCCCGGGUCACGGCAUCAGCGUCGGAAGUCUCGGUAAAGAUGGGAGUCGUUCAACUGCAGAAAUGAUACAUGUUAAGGAUUCUUUCUUUAUUGGAACUAAAAAUGGGGCUCGGAUUAAGACAUGGCAGGGCGGUUCUGGAUUUGCCAGAAACAUUAUAUUCGAAAAUCUGAUCUUCACAGAUGUGGAAAACCCCAUCAUCAUUGACCAGUAUUACUGUCCAAACAAAGGUUGCAAGAAUCAAACAUCAGCUGUUAAGGUGAGCGAUGUCCAAUUCAUAGGGGUGCAUGGAACAUGUAAGAGUGAGGUGGCCGUCUCAAUAGCAUGCAGUGAGAGCAUUGCUUGCACAAACAUAGUGGUAAAUGGCCUUGAAAUAAGAUCUAGUGAGCCCCAAGUUGCUAUCACCACAUAUUGCCUCAAUGCUCAUGGAACUGCUCAGGGUAAAUGUAAUCUACCUGUUCCUUGCUUACACACAAAAAAUAUUGAUAGUUUCGGGACGGUACUCACGGUAAGUGGUGUCUCUUUUUCUCUGCAGGAUGAUUUCGGGACGGCACCCACGGGGGUCUCCAAAUUAAUUGUCCAGAAGAUAGGCGCAACUCUGAUGGCAUACAUAUCCGAAGCUCGGAACAUGUCAAUGUCGAGAACAGUUUCACUGACUUCAUCCAUCAAGAUAAGCCAAAUCAAGUAUGUUAACCUGCAUGGAACAUCAAGUAGAGAUGUGGCUAUAACCCUAGCAAGCUGCUCGGUGGCUUGCCAUGAUAUAGUCUUGAACGAUGUCAACCUCACUAUCGCUAAUCCCAAACCUGGCGAAACUGCAACUUCUUACUGCCUUAAUGUCCAUGGAUUAGCCCAAGGUGUGGUGAACCCUCCUGUUCCAUGCCUCUCCUGA